CCUAUGAAUUUAAGUUUGUUUAAUAUGUAGUUAAAUUUUCCGACAUGUUUGUUUCACCUGUCUUCUGUCAUCGAAAUAAUGGAACUGUCUUGCAAAGAAGAAACUGACAGAAGCAUCGAAAUAAAUGUUAUAACAUUAAAAAGGGUUUGCUCCUAGUUUACGAUUAAUUAGUUUCCGAAAUACUUCUGAUUUGUUGCGUUAAAAAAGUGUGAAGAGCGACUUCGAUUUACUGUCAGGGUGUAUCAAGUAGUUUUUCCGAGCACCGGUAGAGGAACAGUGAUUAACAGUGUAAAAAUCGUCGAAUAUCUAUUUUUAAGCGGAUUUUCGUGUGUUCUCUUCAACUAAUGCAUAUCUUUACCACGCUACUUCAUGCUAUUUUUGAAGUACAUAACUUAUAAAUAACCAAUGUCUGAACGCGACUCUUCAUAUAUCGGCAGUAUGUCGCGAAGCCAUUUUUAUUUUUGCAAAUUGUUUUAAAUUUUCGAAUGGACUAAAUAAGUGGUACUGUGAUAAUAAUUGGCGACAUCGAACCGGUCCAGUUGUCUGCCGAUUGUAAGUUUUAUUCGAAGAAUGACUACGAGUCAGUGUAAGAGACUGUCCUAGGUGUAGAAAUCAUCAUUGGCGGAGAUGUUUUUGUAAACUAGUUUGCAGUGGAUGCUACGGCAGUAAGUGUGACGGACACGACGUCAACCACGGUGGCGACGGGCCCGGAGUGCGGCCCUGGAGCCGCCGAGAAGGGGGCCGGCUGCUGGUGGUCCUCUUUAGCGGCAAUGGGCUGUUUUGGAAACCGUGAUAACGGCCAGCCCUCUGGAGAUGACACACGCUCCCAAAAGAGAAUUAGUGAUGAAAUUAAUCGACAGUUGCAAAAAGACAAGCAAGUGUAUCGUGCAACACAUCGGCUGCUGCUGCUUGGUGCAGGAGAAUCUGGAAAAUCGACAAUCGUUAAACAGAUGAGAAUUCUACAUGUCAAUGGAUUCAGUGAAAGAGAGAAGAAACAGAAGAUUGAGGACAUCAAGAAGAAUGUUCGGGAUGCUAUUCUUACAAUUACUGGAGCAAUGUCAACACUUACGCCUCCUGUUCAACUUGAAAAGCCUGAAAACCAAGCUAGGGUAGACUACAUUCAAGAUUAUGCAUCAGGAAAUGACUUUGAUUACCCUCCAGAGUUUUAUGAACAUUGCGAAGAACUAUGGAAAGACAAAGGUGUCCUGGCUGCUUACGAAAGGAGUAACGAGUAUCAAUUAAUAGACUGUGCUAAGUACUUUUUGGAUAGGGUUCAUGUGAUAAAGCAAUCAGAUUACACCCCCACAGAUCAAGAUCUGUUGCGCUGUCGAGUACUUACCAGUGGCAUUUUCGAGACGCGCUUCCAAGUUGACAAGGUCAAUUUUCAUAUGUUUGAUGUUGGUGGUCAACGUGACGAGAGGCGCAAGUGGAUUCAAUGUUUCAACGACGUGACUGCCAUCAUCUUCGUGACCGCCUGUAGCUCUUACAAUAUGGUGUUAAGAGAAGACCCGACGCAGAAUCGUUUGCGAGAAAGUCUUGAUCUGUUCAAGUCCAUAUGGAACAAUCGAUGGUUACGCACAAUUUCCGUUAUACUUUUUCUAAAUAAACAGGAUCUGUUAGCAGAAAAAAUUAUGGCGGGUAAAAGUAAGUUAGAAGACUAUUUUGCUGAUUUCGCACGAUAUCAAACGCCCAUGGAUGCAGCGGCUGAUGCGAACGAACCUCCUGAAGUCAUACGGGCCAAGUACUUCAUUAGAGACGAGUUCUUGCGUAUCAGCACAGCGUCAGGGGAAGGCAAGCACUACUGUUAUCCCCAUUUUACCUGCGCCGUCGAUACCGAAAACAUUAAGAGAGUGUUCAACGACUGCCGUGACAUCAUCCAGCGUAUGCAUCUUCGUCAGUAUGAACUCUUAUAACCGCCCACUACUGUUAUACAAUUUCUUCUUAUUAUUUUUAUUCUUCUUCGUCAACAACAACAGAAACAACAACUCCAUAUUACUUUCUUCCUUUUUUCCUUUAGUUUCGUCGUCAUAGACCAUCAUCUUUAUUAUAAUCAUCGUCGUUGCUAAUACAAACAUAAUGUUGUAUAAUAUAUUUUAACAUUUUAUCCGUGUAUGUCUCCAACGCUGUCUCCUCUCUUCGCAUUUCCUUUGACCUCCAUGCCUCCCCAGUCAUUCUCCCCCGUUUUUCCUCCACAUAGUUUUGCCUUUUUUCUGUAAGAUUAUCUUCCGUUAUAUUCAAUUGAUAGAAUUGUCGCCCUGUUUUUUUGGUUGUAUGUAUUUUUCUUGUCAGGAAAAAAUGUUCUCUUUAUUUGGUUAUUGUUAAGUCUCAGGACCAAUUUAAACAACUACAGUAAAACAACGCAUCAGUAGUAAUUGCUAGGAUAUUGUGGGAGGGUUCUCUAAUUUCUAUGUUGUAGAUUUCUAAUGUUUGGUAACGUGGUUUACGAGAAUUUGUGCCUAUUCGGACUUCUUAAUGUUUUAGAUCGAAUUAUUCGUUUUAGACGAAAUAUGUAUGUUCUUAUUUUUGAAGUAUAAAAAUAUGCUAUACGAUGGCGAACUUCUCGCGAAAAACGGUACAAAGUUUAUUUUUACGUAUUUUAACUGUCCCUCUUUUAGUGGUGUAUUUCAACAGAAUGUACCAUUCUACAAAUUUUUUCAUUUUGAUUUUCUAAAUUUUUAUUUAUAUAUUUUCAUAAUUCCAGAUAAUAUUAAUGCCACAAUUUACCAUAUUUAUUUCUUAUCAAGUACAUUAAAAAAAGUACGCUAAGUACCAAAAUUUAUUAGAAUUUUCACUCUUCUUUCUUUUUCAUGUACUUGUUUUGCUGUAUAGUGCUCUAGUCAUUUGAUUUUGUUUUCAAUUUAUAAGAUGGGGACAACAAAAAUUAUUUAACAUAAAAAAAGAACAAACCUUAAAUCAAUUUUCAUUCAUGUUUAUAUAAAUAAUAAUUCGCUGCUGCUGCUGCUGUUAGCAAAACCUUUUUCAAAACGCCAAUAGAGUUAAUAAACAGUAAUAAUAAUAUGCCAUACUGUUCGAUGUGAAAUCUGAACUUUCGACACUGUCGUCAUAAUAGUGAUAGUUAAAAAUGAAAUAACCUUUAGGGAAAUUGCUGUGGUAGAGAAGUUUUGAUAAUAUUUGUCGCUUUUAUUUUAAUAUAAAAUCUAAUUUCCCCGUGAACAAUGUGCAAUUAAAGAUGGGACAAUUUUUUAUUUUGUUUCCUGAAAAUUUGUUUCUGCAGCAUUAUGAAAUUAAAUGUUGCACUUCCUUUUGCAAAAACAUUCAGUAUUUUUUGUCAUACUUCCAAUAUAUUGACUUGUAAUUGAAUUAUUUGAGGUUUUUUACAUUUUGUACACAAGCAAAAAAUUUUAUUUGUUACAGUGUAUUGAAGAAAUUAAUGAAGUUAAGUUUUGUCCUGUUUAUUUUUGUUUUGAGUUUUAAAAAAUUUAAGCUCUCUAAAGUAAGUUGAUUUUGAUUGAUUUUAUUUUAUAUCGUUAAAUGAUUUCUAUUGGUUUAAAAUAACAAUGAGGUCCAUCCAAUGAUAAAUUUAAAAAUUUUUAUAUUUGAUUUAAUGUUUUUGAAAUAUUGGAAGUGUAAUAUUGUAAGUAGGAAAAUUCUGCAGAAAUGAGCGUGCGUGAAUUACUAAAAAGUUUUUGUGCCUGUUGGCCAAAGAGAGGACUAAGUAGCGUUUUUUUCCAAUUGCUACUGGCGAUGCAUUUUUUUGUUUUUUUUUUUUUGUUAGUUAAUUAAUGUUAAGAGUGAUUUUAUAUAUCUACACUGUUACCAUUUCUUAUAAAUUUUAUUUACCAUUAUAUGAAGAUGUUAUAGCAUUUUGAGCAUAUUUGUGAUUUAAUUUUUACAGUUACGUAAGUACAUCUAAGUUAUAAAGUAAUUCUACCGAAUUCUUAAUUAUUAUAAUUACGGGCAUAACACGUUAAAUUUUAACAGAUCGAAUAUGUUAAAUGUACUCCUUGUACAUAAUAAUCUUAACAAUAAUAUUCUGGAUUUGAAUGUGAACCUCUGUGUAUUUAUUUGGAUCAUAAUGAACACGUCGUUUUACAUUUGGUAAUUUUUUGAAGCACAAUCCUCGGAAACAUCGUGUAGUUUUCGGUUUUGAGUUGUUUUUGCUGUAAAUCGUCCAUCUUCAUCUACUUAGUAAGCAAAAAAUAGUGUAAGCAUUGGAGACUUUCAUUUUUUACGAUAAACAAGCACAAAAUGUGUGAAUCUAGCCAAAACCUCAUUUGUUACAAAUCCAUAAGAGGACUUGCAUGAAUCCAUAUUUUAAUCGUCCUUUCCCCUUCCUGCCUUUCCGUCUCCAUUUAAUUCUCAUUUUUCAUAUUUUCUUGAACGGUUGAAAAAUAAAAAAGCAAUAAUUUUGAAAAAGACUUUAGCCAAACAAGAAAAAGACACAUCUUCGAUUUAAAAAGACAAAACCGUGGUCUAUUGACUUUGUAGUACCUAUAAUGUGUAACUGAUGUAUUCGUUUAUACGAACUUGGUCCAUUAUCACAUCCAUUUUUUCCACCUUGAACGUUAUUUAACGAAUUUCAAUACAGGUUGCAUAAAAAAAGCGCAUUAUAUUUUUUAACAAGAAUAGUUAAGUAUAUUCUUCUCUUAUGGAUUUGGUGGGCGUGACAUACAUGCUUUUAUUAGUUCGUUAGUAGAUAAUAAUACAUGUGCCGCUAGUCUAAGAGCCCAAAAAUGCGCUUUCCAUCCGAGUGGGUUGCGCAAUUUUGUCCUUCAACUUUAUCUGAAUGUUAUAUUUGUUAAUAAAAAAUAUUUAUAUCUGUGAAUUAAACAGUUUACUCCAUCGGUGUAUCGCUAGGUGAAGAGGGGUCUGUGCAAGUUGAAAUGUCUAUUUUUGAAUACUUAAUUACUGUUAUUCGUUGUGCUUUCGCAGCAAUACUGUGCUCAAUUAUUCCUAACUACUAGUUAAAUUGUUAAUCUAUUAAAGAAACUGUUUAUUGAGCACGAAUUCAAUUUCGUUCCUUUUUAACACAUUUAACAUCUUUUUAAUCUCUGAAAUAAUUAAAUGUUAUUGAAGUUUCUCACUUCAUCACUGCCUUAAUUUUGCGUUAAUUUCUUGAGUAAAUGAUCACUAGUAUAUUUCUAGAAAAAUGUGCUGUGUUAAGACAAGGGUAAUCUCUUUCUGCCCUUAUAGGAAAAAAUAAGAGAGAAUUAUUUUGGUGACUGAAGACGAGUUAUCUAAUAGGAAAAUUUAUAGGAAGGAAAUGAACUGUUUGUGUUUUAAAGAAAAUAAUUAGCGAUAGGUACGUUUUUGGCUAAAUAAAAUACUCUAGGAAUUUUUGAUUUUGUUCUUCAAUUAGAACAUAUCUUUUACAGUUUAGGAUAUUUUUUCACCUGUUGUUAUAAUAGAUAUAAAGCUUAGGUUCGAUGCACCGAUGUAGAAAAUUUUGUUAUUCGUAAAAUGAUGAAGAAAAAAAUAGAUCCCACACUAAGCAAAGCACAAGUGCGGAUAAAAGCAAAUUUCUGUAGACAAAAAAGAAACAAAACCUAUACGAAUGUAGUAUGAAUGAACUAAUUUUUGUGAGCUGAUCUAAAAAAAAGAAAACAGUAUUCUUUCAUUUUACUUGUUUAUUGUUUUGCCAAUAAUGUAAAUGUGAACAUAUAUGAGAUUCAUCAAGAGCUGUUUUAAAAACUGCCUGGAGUGAAUCUCGUGUCUAACUAUAAAUAAAUAAAAAAAUAUACAAGAUAUGUAACUGAAUGAUCUGUAAUAAAUAUGUCUUAUUA